GACGCCUGGCCCCGGACCCCGCUGGCGCCCGGCGAGAUGCUCGCGGCGCAGAGCGCGCUGCCGGACAGGGAGGCGCAGGAGCCCGGCAGCCCAGAGGAAGACCAGGCGGGCCGGAGGGCGGCCAACGCGAGCUCAGAGCGGGGCGCCGCGGCCAGCACCCCCGACUACGGGGAGAAGAAGCUGCCCCAGGCGCUGAUCAUCGGGGUCAAGAAGGGGGGCACCCGCGCGCUGCUGGAGGCCAUCCGAGUGCACCCGGACGUGCGCGCCGUGGGCGUGGAGCCGCACUUCUUCGACAGGAACUACGAGAAGGGGCUGGAGUGGUACAGAAAUGUGAUGCCCAAGACUCUGGAUGGGCAGAUCACCAUGGAGAAGACCCCAAGUUACUUCGUGACCAAUGAGGCUCCCAAGCGCAUCCAUUCCAUGGCCAGGGACAUCAAGCUGAUCGUGGUGGUGAGGAACCCGGUGACCAGGGCCAUUUCUGACUAUACACAAACGCUGUCCAAGAAGCCUGAGAUCCCCACCUUUGAGGUGCUGGCCUUCAAAAACCGGACUCUGGGGCUGAUCGACGCAUCGUGGAGCGCUAUCCGGAUUGGGAUCUACGCCCUGCACUUGGAGAACUGGCUCCAGUACUUUCCCCUCUCCCAGAUCCUCUUUGUCAGCGGUGAGCGACUCAUAGUGGACCCUGCCGGGGAAAUGGCCAAAGUACAGGAUUUUCUAGGCCUCAAGCGCGUCGUGACUGAGAAGCAUUUCUACUUCAAUAAAACCAAGGGAUUCCCUUGCCUCAAAAAGCCGGAAGACAGCAGUGCUCCACGGUGCCUCGGCAAGAGCAAAGGUCGGACUCACCCGCGCAUCGACCCUGACGUCAUCCACAGACUCCGGAAAUUCUACAAACCCUUCAACAUGAUGUUUUACCAAAUGACGGGACAAGAUUUCCAGUGGGAACAGGAGGAGGGUGACAAAUGAGGAUACAGCUGUGGUGGGAAGGCUAGUGAAUACCAAGGAGGUUCUUUACCUAAGACCUGAAUCCCCCAGGGUCUGGGAGUGCCAAGUGGGUCUCCUCUUUUAUGCAGUCAGGAUGGUCUCCAACGCGGUUGGCUGGGGCAAAGGGAUGGAUCACACCGCAUCCCCAGGGAGGAACCAGGCUUGAUGUCUCUGGUUGACCAGAUGGCCACAGCACCUACCAUUGAUUCUACUAGUCAGUGGAAUGUGAAGACAGCGCAGAUACCUGUCAGUGUCAGAGACAGCGAGUGCAUGAAUGUUUGUCUAAGUGGCAAAAAAGAAAGACCUGCGGGGGAGAUAGUGCAGUGGUAUAAGCACCUGCCUGACCAACAUAAGGUCCUGAGUUCAAUCCCCUGUACCAAGAAAAUAAAAAGAUCUACUUUAUAGUAUCUCCUUUGUUAGUGGGGAACUUAGGUUCUACACCUCUGUCGGGCUCUGGCACCUGAUGUCUAAACUUCUGCUUUGGCUUACUCCAAAAUGCCCUUUUCACUGAGUGCUCCAGGACUCCUAGGGAGCAAGGUCCUCCUUCUAUGGCAUUUCUAGCCUCAUCCCAUGACCUCUGACUUCCUCCCUCCCCACUCCAUGGAGGCAGAGGCAUGCACCUAUGUUUCUCACCGAAAUGAUAGCUAACACCCCUGGAAGCUGUCUUCCGAAGAGCCCACUAAGGGCUUACACUUCAUGAGUAACCUAGAAUUAAGGAGAAGCUCUGCAUCUGUCAGAAUCAGGGCCACAGGGCUGUCCUAAGAGCGGGACAAUUACAACAGAGUCCAGAGCUCUGAGAUCGGUGGAGAUAAAUGGCCACAUAGAAGGGAGAAAGAAGAAAUUGAGUCCUCUGGGUGAGAGGGUUCCUUUCCCAAAGACCUACUCCCCCAGGCACCAUGGUCCCAAGGCAUGCUUUUGAGAUAGACUCUGUCCCCUAGAGUCGCCAAAGAGGCAAAGCCCCAUAAGUUGGUGUGUCUACUGUUGUGACUCGCCCCCAGUGAAGCAGUGGGGAAGAAGCCGUCACCCUCUGUUUGUCUUACCACGGCUGUUCAGGGUCACCUCAUGGUUCAUUUUCUCUUCUCAGCGAUGGUAUCUAAUGGGACAAUGGCAAGAGGGCUGAUUCCAUUUGUCAGAUUCAGUUGGGGGUGGGUGGGAGAGGUCAAGGGCUGUCUUCAGACACCCCUAUCAAGGGCUGCCAAAUAACGUGUCCCUUUCCAUUAGUUCGAUUCAAUUAAAAAUACAGCAUUCGACAUAAAGCACUUGUCCACAUAUCUCCAAAACCAAGAAUUGUUCUAGUCAAAUCGGAAAUUUGUACAAAUGGGGGAUGUUAAAU